CAGUUAGUAUAUCGUUGUUUGUUCUGUUGCAAACACUCAAACAGCAACACAAACCAAACACCAAAAACGGACGCCAAGAACAGCAGAAUCCGGCAAAACGUACGUUAAGUUGACAGCCAACAAACGGUUCCAAUGGCCCCCAACGAUCCACCGCGUCCUGGUGGUAAGGCAUCCAUCUCUGCCGUGGCGAUGGCCGCCAGUCAAAGCAUCUCGUAUGUGCAGUGCCAGAAUCUCAAGUACAAUGUCCUCAUCCUUGGCUGGCUGGGCGUGAUCAUCUCCAGCGUUAUCCUGGGCAGCUCCUUGCUGACCAUCCACUUGCAGUCGGACAUCGAACUGCUGCUCAAGCAAUGGCCCAUGAACUUGGUCCCGGUUACAGAGCAGCAGGUACUGAUCAGUUUGUUGACCAUCUUUAGCUCCAUUGUGUAUGGACUUUCGCUGAUCAAUAUGGGAGUCAGUCUGCUGCUGCUAAUAGGUAUUGCCCGGGACUCAAGUUGUUUGAUGUAUCCGUGGUUGAUCUAUCAUGGCGUUAUUUUUGGCUUUGGUCUUUACUUGGGGGUUUUCUAUGCGACCGCUGGUCUUUUUAUUGAUCUUUCGAGCUUUCUGAUGUGUCUUCUGGUGUUCACGCUUGUGCUGGUUAUUUUUUACAAGAUCUACCACGAGGUUUUCACCCUAUUUCGCGUGAUGGAGCAGCAGUCGAAGGAGGGUGCAAUGGGAGGGUUUUACUAUCCGGAUGCGGAACAUGCGUGGACUGGGGUGCCCUAUCAGCAGAUCUAUCUGCCGAGUCUGCCCAUCCAAAAGUAACAUUCACAGAAGCAACAUGAAGACAAUUGCAACCACAACAACUGCAACUGCAACAGCAACGAGUAGAGAAAAAUAUUUAAAUGACAUUUGGACUUUGUUGGUACGAUUAAUAAACGUUUGACAAAUUCGAAUUCA